AUGGAAGAGUUUAAUAGCAACAGAAACAAAGGAAAAACAGAGAAAGAUGGAGACUUUGAAGAAGAAGAUGUAUGGGGUUAUGUGAAUGAAAGAGAUUCAUCAAGAGUGAAUAUCCCAAGAGGAAAAAGUAACAAGUGUAUGUUACAUAAAUCAUCAAGUCCUGUUGAGAUUCCAGAAUGGUCCAAGAAUAGCAAUAAACAGAAAUCAAGAAGAGUUAGAACAGAGGAUGGUUCUUCUUUCUCAUCAGUUGCUUAUUCUGGAAAUGUCGAAGAAGAAGAAGAAGAAGAAGAAGAUGAUUAUGGUGAUGGAAUAGUGCCACCACAUGAAUAUAUAGCAAGAAGAGUAGCAAGAAAUCAAAUAGCUUCAUUUUCAAUGGUGGAAGGAGUUGGAAGGACUCUUAAGGGAAGGGACCUUAGCAAAUUAAGGAAUGCCAUUUUAACUAAGACAGGUUUCUUGGAAUAG